UUUCUGUUGCGUAGUCCGAGAUGGCUGUUUCUGUACUGUACCGUGCUCGAAAACAUGUUGACUGUUAUUUAUUACUUUAUGUUUUUCUAAAUAUUUUGUGACUGAUUACCAUUAACGCCUCAAGUACUUGUUAUUAAACAUGCUAAUGUUUAAUACUGAAUUACUGCAGUGAAUCGAAGAAGUGAAAUAGUACCUAAUAUUCCGAUAUUGUUUGAUAUUACUAACAAAUACAAACCUGUCGACUCUGCUAAGAAAUACAUCAAUGGUGGAGCGUAAUUCGACAAAAUAAGUUAUUCAAAUUGGCGCAAUAAUAAAGAAUAUUAUUAAAAUUAUAUACAGUAUUCAGAUAUUAUUUCUCUUUCUUGGAAUGUAUUGUCGGAAUUCUACCAGUUCUAACUUUUCGAUACGAUACUAUUUCAUGCUCAACAAUCGAUUACGACAUCGGGGUAUAAGCUGUCAAACAGUUUGUAUAGGUUGUUGACAUGUGCGAAGUUGUCAAUUGAAAAGGAGGCUAAUACGCGUGAUGUAAUGUGUAACAAAGAGCUAACAGUAAGUCAUAGAAAAGCGAUAUGUGAGCGAGUACUGUGUAGGAGUUUAAAAUGCAGUUUAUUAGAAGUGAUGCCAGUGAAACAGAAGAAGAAAACUGUCGUCCAGCUACGAGACUGGACGAUACGGACUAUGUUCCAAAAACCAGUCGCAUUACAUAUCGAGACAUACUAUCACCGAUAAUUUCAAUAAUAAGUCACACUGCAGACGUUGCACUCGAUGCUAAUCUGGCGUAUUCUUACUACGCUAGCGCCGAAUAUGUUUACUUCAAGUUAACACUUCUAUUUAUACUAUUCCCGGCACUCGUAAACACUGUGAUUAGCACAAGAAUGUAUGUUGCGGAUGAAGAUAACAUGACACUUACUAAGAUAGCCACGAAGAGAUGGCUACUUCGAAUGUUUGUGCUGUUUUUCCAGAUUGCACCAAUUUUAAGACAUUGCGAUGUUCUGAUGUAUGCUUUGCAAUCGUGGAAAGCAGAGAAAGAUAAAGACUUCAUAAACCAGCGGAAGUAUUACGAACUAAUGGUGAAGGAGGACUCGGAUGCGGCCCUUCUGCGUCUCUUUGAAUGCUUCUUGGAAGCAGCACCUCAACAGGUUCUACAGGCAACUAUUAUUCUAACAAGAACAAAAGCAGUUUCAACUUUUACGUAUUACAGUCAGUUAGCAUCUUUUGGAAGUUCAAUAUUAAGCAUGGGCUGGUCUAUGGCCUCCUAUCAAAGAGUAAUACGGUUUGCACAACAAGAUAAAGAGAACAUAACGUGGAAAGGAACAGUUAUGCAGUUCCUCUGGCACUUUAUGGUUACAGUUUCGAGAAUUCUGUCGAUUUCUGUGGCUUCAGCGAUGUUUCCCGCAGAGACCGCUGUGGCAUGUGGUGUGCACUGGUUAAUCAUGACGGGCUGGCUGUCCCUGUGGGAACGCACUAACUUCUGCUCAUCACGGAAAUUUUCUGUGGCAAAGCAGCAAGCUGCGGAGAUACUCUUCUGCUCCGUUCUCGGACUCGUCUACAUUUUUACGUAUGUGACACCGAAGGACGGGCGGAACAGGACUCGGUAUACCAUCUACUACAUGGUCUGCUUUGCAGAGAACGUUCUGGCAGUGACAGCGUGGGCCACAGCUGAUACGGUGAUGCAGGAGAAGUGGUACUUCUACCCGCUUUUGAUUGGUUGCAUUGUGCCUUUUGUUAUAGGUAUAGGUUUUAUGCUUCUCUAUUACUUGUGUUUUCACCCUAGACUACAAAGGGUAAAGUGUUGUGGUAAGUCCCACGACAGGUCCAAAAGGGGAGAUGUGGAGCUGCACGGUAGCAACAGUGGCAGUGUGGAACGGAAUUCAUUGACGCACGAACCUAGCAAUGAGUCUGCCAACGAAGCUAGUGACCCAGUCAGUGCACAGGCAGGCAACAGUUGUGCCGAAGUGAUCAGAAUUGAGAUAAAAUCUCACAAGCAAUCACAGCGACAGCACGAUGAAGGAAGUCUGCAAAAUGGUGAACAGGAUGUACCUUCUGUAUCCGAUAUGGAAAUACACCGGUGUAACAGUGACCCACAGAGUACAGCAUAGGUACGCAUUUACUGAAGUUGUUAUUGAGUACAAAGUUUAUAACUGAAGUGAUAGUUUUUGAUUUGUGUAACAGAUCAAAUAUUUAUAAUAUUUAUACUCUUUAUUUUUGUUAACAAAACAUUUUUUCCUUCUGCUCAAAUAAUUGCUAAGGAUUUUAAAAUUUUGUAAUAUACAUCUCAAACUGUAGGUGCCAAGCACUCAGCUGUUGCAGCUAUUUUGGAAAUGUUACAUUUUUGUUUUGUAAAAUACAAAAGAAAAAAUUUG